AAAACAAAAUUGGUGGAUGUAAUUGACUUUGGAUAACUUAACUCUGUCUUCCAUGACCACCACCAUGCAAAUUUUCAAAACUAAGCACCCCUGCUACUCCUUCUCAUCUCCAUUUGUAUUUGCAUUUUGACUUGUUAGAGACAUGGCAUUUACGGCCAAUGGUCGUAUGGCUCUCCCGGCUGCAGGCCACUCUGCAGGGACACUACCGGUUAGGCACCGGGGGCUUGUUAAGUUCUGUAAUGGGGAGUUGAUGGGGAAGAAGUUGUGUGAUUCUAAAUUUCAGCAAAGAAUUAGUUACAAUAAUGUUAAGAGGCCUUUUCUGUGCAAGGCAGUUGCUACUACUAUUGCAGGUGAGGCUAAGUUGAGGGAUCUAGAUAUGGAGAAAAGGGACCCGAAGACAGUUGUAGCAAUUAUACUAGGUGGUGGAGCUGGAACUCGUCUUUUCCCUCUUACCAAGCGUCGUGCUAAGCCUGCUGUACCUAUUGGAGGAGCGUAUCGGCUAAUUGAUGUGCCCAUGAGCAACUGUAUCAACAGUGGGAUCAAUAAGGUUUACAUUCUUACUCAGUACAACUCAGCAUCACUAAAUAGGCACCUCACUCGUGCUUACAACUUUGGCAGUGGGACAACUUUCGGUGAUGGCUUUGUUGAGGCUCUUGCAGCAACUCAAACGCCUGGGGAGGCAGGUAAGAUGUGGUUCCAGGGUACUGCAGAUGCAGUUCGUCAGUUUCAUUGGCUUUUUGAGGAUGCAAGAAGUAAGGAUAUUGAAGAUGUGCUCAUUCUAUCUGGAGACCACUUAUACCGUAUGGACUACAUGAAUUUUGUUCAGAAUCAUAGAGAAAGUGGCGCAGACAUUACUAUCUCUUGCCUCCCGAUGGAUGACAGUCGUGCUUCAGACUUUGGAUUAAUGAGUAUCGACAGUAAAGGACGGGUCCUUUCUUUCAGCGAAAAGCCUAGAGGAGCUGAAUUAAAGACUAUGGCAGUUGAUACAACAAUAUUGGGGCUCCCGCGGGAAGAGGCUGAGAAAAAACCUUAUAUUGCUUCCAUGGGAGUAUACGUCUUUAAGAAGGAAAUACUUCUAAAUCUUUUGAGGUGGCGUUUCCCGACUUCAAAUGAUUUUGGAUCAGAAAUAAUUCCAGCCUCAGUCAAAGAGUUCUACAUUAAGGCUUAUUUAUUUAAUGAUUAUUGGGAAGACAUUGGUACAAUUAGAUCCUUCUUUGAAGCAAAUCUUGCCCUAACAGAUCAUCCAUCCAAAUUUAAUUUCUACGAAGCAGGCAAACCAAUGUUUACAUCAAGGAGAAACUUACCACCAUCGAAGAUCGACAACAGCAAGAUUGUAGAUUCGAUAGUCUCACACGGUAGUUUCCUAACUGACUGCUUUAUUGAGCAUAGCGUUGUUGGCAUCCGAUCCCGGAUCAACUCCAAUGUCCACUUGAAGGACACGGUGAUGCUUGGUGCUGACUACUACGAAACUGAGUCUGAAGUAGCAUCGCUUUUGGCAGAGGGAAGGGUCCCUAUUGGAAUCGGAGAAAAUACAAAAAUCAAAGAGUGCAUCAUUGACAAGAAUGCCAAAAUUGGAAAGAACGUCGUUAUUGCGAACUCUGAGGGCAUCCAAGAGGCAGACAGGGCUUCAGAGGGAUUCUACAUUCGAUCAGGGAUUACAGUGGUACUAAAAAAUUCAACGAUUGCUGAUGGAUUGGUAAUAUAAAAAGUACAUCUAGAGCUAUACUAGAACUCAGACAUAUUGCGAAGAAACAAUGAUAUAAUGAUAAGGAGUCCUGAUCAUUAUUUUCAUUCUUUUUGGUGAAUCAAUACGUGAAAGAGGAACUAAAUGGGGAAUAUGAGCAGGUUCUGUCAAUAGCAAGAAACUAUGAAAUAUAUUUUCAAGAUCUUUAGCCAUACAGAAGUGUCCAUCACUUUUCUUUGUAAAGGCACCUUUAAAUCUUUUGUUUACAUCGAAGUCACUGAGAUAAAUCAGUUUAUGAGGACA